CCCCCACCAUCGACCCCGCAAAACCGCCGGCCUUAACCUAAACUCAAAACCCCACCUCCACAACUGCCAGCUCAUCACCUUACCGGAAAACUCCCCCUUCUGCCAAUUUAAUUACCCUUCUCUUAUUUUAUUUUUUUACCAAAUAUAUACGUACAAAUCGCGUAUAUCUAUCUACCUUUGUACAGUCCUCCGACCUUUCUACUCCCUCUCGGCCAUCUCUUUGGAAUUAUUCUUCGCCAUCGUUGAUGAUUCUUCUAGAAUUUCGAUGAUCGGUAUAAUUGUUCGGAAACUAAUGAAUGUUACGCUAAUCGUGACUUCUGUGCUAUGCAUCCUUUCUGCUGCGUUUCGUCGAUGACUCUGCAAAGCAACUCCGAUAUGCCGCCGUCUCCGCCGUCCGAUCUUCUGAACAGAAUUCAGAAUCCAGCGUUAUCCAGGGUUGUGUCAGCGCGUGACUCCAUGCCGGAUAAUACUGGUGUUCUGGUUAUCAGUAACAAUCACAAUUCAAACCACCACAGCCGUGAGUUGAAGAUUAACGACAUAGUUGGGAAUGGUAUUUCCGGAAUUUUGUAUAAAUGGGUAAAUUACGGUAAAGGAUGGAGGCCUAGAUGGUUUGUUUUGCAGGAUGGGGUGCUGAGUUAUUAUAAGAUCCACGGGCCCGACAAAAUUGUGGUUAAUCAGGAGACUGAAAAAGGAUCGAGAGUGAUUGGGGAAGAAUCGGUGAAGCGGAUUUCCCGGCAGCAUGUCAAUCAUCAGCAUCAUCAUCAUCAUCAUCACAGAAACGGGAGUAACGGGGCAUCUGCAAGAAGCCGGAAUCCCAUCGGUGAAGUUCAUUUAAAGGUCUCAUCUAUUCGAGAAAGCCGUUCAGAUGAUAGGAGGUUCUCAAUAUUUACUGGUACCAAAAGGCUUCAUCUGAGGGCUGAGAGCAGAGAGGAUCGAAUGGCAUGGGUGGAAGCUUUGCAAGCUGUGAAGGACAUGUUUCCGAGGAUGUCCAACAGUGAGUUAAUGGCUCCUGUGGACAAUUUAGCUGUCUCGACCGAAAUAUUGAGGCAACGGUUGUUGCAAGAAGGCAUCAGUGACGCUGCCAUUCAGGACUGUGAACAGAUCAUGAGGAACGAGUUUGCAUCGCUGCAAAAUCAAUUGAUGCUUUUGAGGCAGAAGUAUUGGCUCCUCAUGGACACACUUCGGCAGUUAGAGACAGAAAAGGUUGAUCUGGAGAAUACUGUUGUUGAUGAAAGCCAGAGAUUAAAUGAUGUUGGAGCAUCCUCUAGUUCAAGGCAAGAUAAGUAUAGUGAAAGUGCGAGUGAAUCUGAAGAUGAAAAUGAAAGAGUAGAUGGGGCAGAGGAAGAUACAGAUGGAGAAGACAAUACUUUCUUCGACACCAGAGAUUUUCUUUCAUCUAGCUCUUUUAAAAGCAAUGGUUCUGACUUUCGAACAUCAUCAUUUUCAUCCGAUGAUGAUGACAUUUAUGCUUUUGAAGCCGAGGAUGCUAUUGAUCCUGCCAUUGGAUCUGCUGGAGCAAACUUUCCUUAUAUUAAGCGUCGAAAUAAAUUGCCAGACCCUGUUGAGAAAGAGAAAGGAGUGAGUUUGUGGUCCAUGAUUAAAGAUAAUAUCGGGAAGGAUCUUACAAAAGUAUGUCUUCCUGUCUACUUCAACGAGCCUCUCUCUUCGCUGCAGAAAUGUUAUGAGGAUUUGGAAUAUUCGUAUCUUAUUGAUCGGGCUUAUGAAUGGGGCAAGAGAGGCAACUCUCUUAUGAGGAUUCUAAAUGUAGCUGCAUUUGCUAUAUCUGGAUAUGCUUCUACUGAAGGAAGAAAUUGCAAACCAUUCAAUCCACUCUUAGGGGAGACUUAUGAGGCUGAUUAUCCGGAUAAAGGCCUCCGGUUUUUCUCAGAGAAGGUGAGUCACCACCCCAUGAUUGUAGCAUGCCAUUGUGAGGGUACAGGCUGGAAGUUCUAUGGUGAUAGCAAUCUGAAAAGUAAAUUUUGGGGUCGCUCCAUUCAGCUCGAUCCAGUCGGCGUUUUAACUCUUGAAUUUGACGAUGGAGAGAUAUUCCAGUGGAGCAAGGUAACAACAUCUAUAUACAAUCUUAUUCUGGGGAAACUAUAUUGCGAUCACUACGGUACAAUGCGGAUAGAAGGAAACCAUGGUUACUCUUGUAAACUGAAAUUCAAAGAGCAGUCUAUCAUAGACAGAAAUCCUCAUCAGGUGCAGGGAAUUGUCCAAGACAAGAGUGGAAAAACUGUAGCAACUUUGUUUGGGAAGUGGGACGAAAGCAUGCAUUUUGUCCAUGGAGAUUACUCCUCCAAAGGAAAAGCUCAUGAAUCUACAUCCGAAGCUCACUUGCUUUGGAAACGUAGCAAGCCUCCAAAGUUCACUACGCGUUAUAAUUUGACUCGCUUUGCUAUCACACUCAACGAGCUUAUUCCUGGGCUGAAGGAAAAGCUGCCUCCAACAGAUUCAAGGCUUAGACCCGAUCAAAGAUGCCUGGAAAAUGGGGAGUAUGAGAUGGCAAAUGCUGAAAAAUUGCGUCUUGAGCAAAGGCAACGGCAGGCGAGGCAAAUGCAAGAGAGAGGGUGGAAACCGCAAUGGUUUGCGAAAGAGGACGGAUCUGAUACAUACAGAUACAUUGGUGGGUAUUGGGAAGCUAGGGAACAGGGAAACUGGGAAGCAUGCCCUGAUAUUUUUGGCCAAGUACCUUCCGAUCAAUCUCUUGACGAGUAAGAGGGGUUCUCGUUUUUUUCUUCUUUUUAAAUAAAAUAUUAAAUCGUAUUAUAUAUUAUGGCCUUCUCUUUAUUAGUCUCUAGGAGAAAUAUCGGAAAAGCAGCUGAUGAAGAUUCAUUAUAGGUGCAUUUGUAUAGUUUCGUUAUAGAUGAAGCAAUUAAAUUGUUUCGACAAUGGACAUCGUAUUACGCCCCUCGACCAUUCUUGCCGUUUGGCCUUCUUUACCUAAAUCAACAGUGUUAUUUUUUUGGUGUAAACUGUAAACUGUAUAUCUGAGCCCAUGUUAGUGAAAUGUUUCCUUGUUCUUCC